AUAUAACAACACUCAACAACGAUAGGAACGAACGAACGAACGUUAUUGUUUCUUUUUAGUCCUAUUUCGUUAAAUACGUUAAAGGACGAGGACGAUAAUUGUCUCUCUUUCUCUCUCUCUCUCUCUCUCUCUUACUCUUUCUUUUUGUUCUUCUUUUUCGCUCUUUUUUUUUUCGACACUGAAAGAGCGCAAGUUCGGAACUGGACCGCCCUCUCCGGACGGAAGCCACGGAACAACACCCCCACUCGACUCCCUCCACCAAAGCAAACUACCACCUCUACCUUCGCCUCUUCCUCUUCCUCCUCCAUCUCUUGUUCUUCUUCUCCUCCUCCUCCUCCUCUUCGUUCUUCUCGAUUGAGAGAAAGAGAGAAAGAGUGAGAGAGUUUCACGCCAAUCCCCCACUUUCGAAAAGGAGAGAGGCAGAUACUCAACGAUAGAGCCUCCGGCACACGGGCACCGAGAGUACCACGCGAGUGGAGAACCCGUGGCUCCGUCGCGUUCAACCCCCCGAAGAAGACCGGAGGAGCUAAGGAUCUAAAGUAAAUCUAUUAUACGUGAUAGUAUAUAUCAAGAAAAGAAAAUUAUUCUCUCUGUCGUUCUUGUGUCGUCGUAAACGAUUAAACGACAAAUUUUCCCUAGCUCCGGUUGGUCAAGCAUACGCUUAUCUAAUUAUCUCUCUAUCGUCGUUCGGUUUGAGAAAGGAAAAUAACAACGCAACUGCUUCGAGUGCUGGUGGUGGUGCUGGUCCAUCGUCAAUUUGGAGAAUGGAGAACGUGAGAUCGUCGAAGACGUGGAAGAAAAGCUAUCGAUAAACGCGGGGUGGUUUCCGUAACAAGGGCUGAUCGAAUUUCCUCGACUAACCGAGGUGGAUAAGGGUACGCGACGCGUUGACCACCCCGUUGAUUGAAAAGAAAAAGAACCUUUUUCCGCGUGGAAAAUGUGAGUGCCACCGAGCAACGUUUCUUCUGUCUGCGGGUGCCUUUGGUUCUUUUCUUUCUUUUUUUUUUUUCCUUUUUUUUCUUUAUUCUCCUUCUCUCCGUUCCGUUUUUUCUUUCUUAUUAUUCUCUAAUUAUAUAUUACGAGAAUCUUCUUCGGGGGGCUCGCGAGUAAGGUGUCGCGAAAGAAAAAAUACUUGGCCAUUAAGAGGAAAAGUGUUCGUGAACGAUUAGGUGUGAGUGAUUUAUACGUAUACUCGAGAGGAGCUGACUGUGGUGCUUUAUUUCCUUCCUUCCUUCCCUUCAUUAUUUCUUUCUUAAUUUUAUUUCCAUUUUUUAUCACUCCAUCCUUGUUAUUUUAUCACGGAAGUGCGCGAACUACGAUUUCGUUUUGAUCGAGAUUCGAAUAGAGAACAAAACGUGUUAACUCGGCAUUGAUAACGAGUUAUAUUAUUUCCCCUUUUCCAUUUAUUCAUUUUCCUUUACAAUUUCUCUAUUUCUAUUCCCUCCCAUUAUCUUUCAUUAUUUUUUUGUGUGAACACGUUACAUCUCGUCGUCGUAAUAAAAAGUGUUUUUGGAAGUUUUUAUAUAUUUAAUAACCAGUUGGAAGGAUUCUUGAUCGUCGUGCCGACGGACUAUCAUGCUAACUUUAAGUGCGAUAAGUGGAAGGAACGAGGAUACUCGCUGAAAAGGAUUUUCAAGGAUGAUACAUCAGUGAAAUAUAGACAGGGAAGAGGGAGGAGAGGGUUCUUGGCGAGGUUCGAGAUGUCCGCCGUUACCAGCCCGUAUGGACCCACGGAGAUGCUGUCCGAUUCGGUCUACAAUUACGCAACGACUCGAAGAGGUACCGCCGAUCAGGACGGCGAGUCCCGAUACGAGACGCAAGCCCAAUUGCAGAUAUCGGGCAUACAAAAGCCACGUAACAAGCGGAAAAAUUUCAAACCGAUAAACAGUCGAAUGGCCGAAGUUUCGGACGAGUCGGACAGGGAUGAGGAACAGGAACAAGAAUCCGAGGAACUUAUACUCGGCGUCGAGGAUACGCCAAGCACCAACGAGAUCCUUGAAUACGAAAGGAAAACCAUGCUUUUACCGGGUGCCGUAUCUAACGACGAAAGGUCGAAGCAACAGAGGCUGAACAACAACGAGGUCAGCCCGAUGGACCUCUCGGUCGCAACGAGGCCACCCUCCUCCGACGUCGAUGACGACAGCGGCGAUUCCCUCGGGCACAAGUUCAUCCUCGAACGGCUAAACUCUCAGAAACUUUAUUCCCCGGGCACGGAGGUCAGGAGUCCAAAUUCGGACUCCUCGGAGAAAAGUGUCGGAAGUAUAGUCUUGGACGCGGAUUCGGGACGAUUGGAUGAUCAGGAAUUGCCGUUCGAUGACGAUCGUAUGCAAGACGGUGAUCCCGAUGGUGAUGGUGACGAUGAUGGUGACAAUGACGUUGAAACGGAAUGCGAGAAUGAGAGGAAACCUUUCGAAGGAAUGAGAGAGUACGCUGAAUCGACGAUGCAAGAACUUUUAGCGAUUUACGGUCUUGCGGGUAGUGAACUCGCGAAAUCGGUCAGCCGGCAACUACCACCAACCUUCAUGAACCCCAAUACCGGUCAACAUGGUCAAGGAAAGGUGAGAGUGAAAGAAGAGAAAGACGCAUCUUCGAUGGCACCAGGAAGUCCACCGACACCACCGCACACACCUCAAAGUCCACCGAGACAAAAUCUACCUGGUGGCAAUUUUUCCCAAUCCUGUCAAACAUCAAACGCGAGUUCUCCGAGUUUGCAACAGCAGCAAACGCACCAACUGCAUCAGCAGCAACAACAGCAACAACAACAACAACAACAGCAGCAACAACAGCCACAACAACAACAGCAGCAACAACAACAACCACAGCAAGAUCAACAACAGCAACAGGAUCAACAACAACAAUCGAUCAAUCCGAUAACGAAUUCACCAUUGAGUCAAAUCCUCGUACAAAAUCCUGCAUUGGCACAAUUGUUGCAACAAAAUCCGGCAAUCCUGUCGCAAAAUCCACAAUUGGCGCAAUUGUUGCAACAAAAUCUUCAAGUUCAAAUGGGAAGCGUGCUGUUUCAGAACGUACGAAGGGAAGAAACGAAGGAUACGAGAGUACCAGCACCAAUAGCGAGACUUGCGGCAAUGGGAGUGGAGACAGCUGACCCGAAGGUUUCCGCGCUGCUCAGGCAAAGCAUGUCACCGGUAGCGGACAGCAUGAUCGCUGGUGCGAAAUCAUCGGUGUCGCAGCCUAUAAUCGAUUACUCUCGAUAUGUCAGGAGAUAUACGUCCGGUCAGGAAUGCGGUAGCUCUUAUUGCAAGGAAUUAGGAUGUAGAGAACAUUUUCAUUGUCUCGAUUGUAGUGGUAGGGUAUUUGUGAAGAAGGAGGAAAUGAUUAGGCAUUUCAAGUGGCACAAAAAAAGAGACGAAUCCUUACAACAUGGUUUUAUGCGAUAUUCGCCAACGGACGAUUGUUCGGAAAGGCAUCCCGGUCGAACUUGUCCGCAUAAUCGAAAGCAAACACACUAUCAUUGCAUACACGAAAAUUGCGACAAGGUUUACAUAUCGACUUCGGACGUGCAAAUGCACGCGAAUUAUCAUCGCAAGGAUUCUGCGAUCAUUCAAGAGGGCUUUCAGAGAUAUCGUGCCACUGAAAGUUGCGCCACCGAUCAUUGCCCCUUCGUCGGACAACGAACGACGCACUUCCACUGUCGGCGGAUUGGAUGUAGUUACACUUUUAAAAAUAAGGCUGACAUGGAUAAACACAAGUCGUAUCACAUUAAGGACGAGCAGUUGUCCCGAGACGGAUUCAAGAAAUUUAUGAAAUCCGAAGCCUGUCCCUUUGAGCAAUGUCGAUUUUCGCGUGUCUGCAAUCACAUACAUUGCAUACGACCACAAUGCAGUUACGUUCUGCACUCCUCUGGUCAGCUAUUUUCUCAUAAACGAAAACACGAGCGUCACGAGUCCGAGAUGGCUUAUCGAAGGUACAAACAAGUUAGUGCCGUUGGUGGGAUUAGGCCGCCAGGAUCUUGGGCACCGGACGAAGUAAGCAAUCAAGGAUUGUCGCUUAGUAUUAACGGGGAAAGUUCUAAUGAAGAUAGAGGUUCGCCAUCCUAUUACUCGUUGGACGAUUCCUUUCAAAGUGCUAGCGAUUUAGCAAUGGAUCUUACCGCUCCUACGAAUAGCAUGACGUCUACCAGUUCGGUGGUAAGCUUCGAACAACAGCAGCAGCAGCAGCAGCAACCACAACAGCCACAGCCACAGCAACAGCCACAGCAACAGCCACAGCAACAGCCACAACAACAGCAACAACAGAAUCAUCAACAACAACAACAGCAUCAACAGCAGCAGCAGCAGCAACAGCAGCAACAGCAACAACAACUCACCCCGGCGGAAUUAGCUUAUCUCGUUUCGGCGAAUUCGGAAUGCCCCUGUCAGUUAGGUAGGGAUCAUCAUCAUUGUGGGUUGGACCGGUGCGGUGCUACUCUGAAGGAUCCACGCGAAGUAAGGGAACAUUUGAGAGAACAUGAAACUCAGGAACGUAUCACGGAUGCCUUCUUCGAGGAAGGUGGCUGUGACGAUGCCUGUCCGUACACCGAUAAAGAAAAACAUUAUCAUUGUAAUUGGGAAAAUUGUCGAGAGGUCAUCCUGUCGACGGAUAAACCCUUUCGAAGACUUCAACAUUACAAAAUUCACGAGUACAGUAGACAAUUGAAUCUCUCUUGUCCCUCGCACGCGCUUUCAUCCGAUGUAACGCUGACCCAUCUGACCAACAUUGAUGCCAUGUUCAGGCGGAAAAGAGGCAGACCACCGAAAAACAGAGUCAUCGAGAUUUGGUCAGGUGGAGAUCCGGCCUCGCACACGCACGACUCUCCGCAAGCCAUUUUUACGAGCUUCAAGUUACCGAAACCACAAACACCGAGUUUGACACCUACUCCGGUGACCGAUGAUCGAGAAGGUAGUGUUUCUCCUUCGAAUAGUCUCGGUGAACCGGAAGGAUUCGCCACGUACAAUCCCGAAGGUUGUCCAGAUCUCGCUUGCGUUUUACGAUCGACCAGGCAUCAUCAUUGUUCCCAACCACGGUGUCAUUUCUCAACCGAUAGACCCGAUCAACUGUUGAUGCAUAGCAAAGACUUUCACGACAACGUCGAUAUACCAACAGGAUUUGCCUUUUUCGAUAAAAUGGUAGACUGUCGGUUAUCGAGUUGUCAUAGCAAUCGAGUGAAUCGACACUUUCAUUGUACUAGACCUAAUUGCGGAUAUUCUUUUGUACGAUAUUCGACGAUGGCUCUUCACGAAAAACAACAUUCUGGACACGUCGACGUUUGUACUCAAGAACCAUCCAAUAAAGAAUGUCAAACUCAACUUCAAACUUUCGUUCAAGAAACAAAACCAAGAAUACAGGUGAAAAAUCCUGCUGAUCUUAUAGAGAAAACGGAUGACAGCUUGGAAGAGAGCAGAUCAAUGAUAGAUGAAAAAGAAAGCGAACUUCCUAGUUCGGACGCUAACAAGACGACCGUGGUGAGGGCGGCAGGCACCUAUUAUCCGGUCAGCGGACCGCCGAGCGAACCCGCACUUCCGGGCGUCGUGCUAUCCAUGCGAGCUUCCGUGCACCAAGAGUCCACGACCAUACCGUCAUCCGGUACAUCUACCUCAUCCCACACGCUUUACGGGCCCGAGCAAAGCUGCAGCAGACCAUUCUGCAAGUUGAAACGUAAGAAUCACUAUCACUGCAAUGCCUGCAAUCAGGCGUUCUCGGAACUGGAUCGAUUGGUCGCUCACAUAGCCAAGCACUCGACAGGUGCUAUCCUCAGUCAACAACAACACGAUCUACCCAAUCAGUCCCCCUCGUCCUCGUCUUCGGUGUCAUCCAAUCAACUGCAGCACGAGUAUCUGACGCAACUUUCUCAGAAACCAGACUUCAUGGCGCAAAACGCUCAGAUGGCCCAAAACAUUCAGAAUUUUCACAAUCAGAUGCAAAGGCAGAUGCAGCAGACUCUGGGACAGAUGAGCCAACAACAGACACCACCGGUGAAGGAGAUCAAAUUGGAGAGUCCAAGAUGCGCCACGGAUAUCGGUGUACAAAGUAUGCCGAAUAUUAAGAGGGAACCAACGGAGAUUAAGAGAGAGGAAGUUGUUAAUUCGGUGCAAGAAACCAAUGAGAACAAUCAACGGAUGCCUCCGCAACCGUCGAUGCCAGGAAACGUUCAACAUUCUCCGGCACCGGGACCACCACCUAGUUUCGAGCUUGAUUUUAGCCACGGCUUUCACUUCGCUAGUCCAGCAGUAAUGGCAGCGAUGAAUCAACAAAUAGCUCUGAUGAAUCAAGCUCUACCACCGUUUCUUCAACACGGUGGCAUGUAUACCGGGGCACCUGGGCUGAUGUUCGCACCUGGCCUACCACCUACCAAUUUUCUUCCUCCAACCAGGGACGAAAAUCCUUUGGCUUCUCUCGCGGCUAAUCUUAAUUUGAAUAAAAGAUCUCUUUCCCCGCCUGACAGCAAUUCGCCUGAAGCGAAGAAGCAACGGCUUCAUCAUUCGAUGCGUAUGCUCAAGGAUGAGCCUGUUCCCGAAGGAUACGUUAGGUUCAGAUUCAACGAAGAUUGCCGGUACACGCAUUGCGGUUACAGGGAACAUCAAACUCACUUCCACUGCAUGCGCCAAGACUGUGGUUACUCGUUUUGCGACAAGACGCGUUUCGUUCAGCAUACGGCAAGGCACGAGCGUUUGGACACGCUAAUGGGUGGUGAUUUUCAACAGUACAGGGCCAACGUACCCUGUGGUCGUGCUCAGUGCGCGUAUACUUCGUCCCUCGGUUCGAUGCAAAACAAAGCUUCGCAUUUUCAUUGCCUUAAAUGCGAGUUUGUUUGUACCGACACGAACAAGGUAGUUGCCCAUAGGCGUCAACAUGCAAAAUUGGACAGCAUAGCGGCUGCGGGUUUCCAGAAAUUUACGCCUAGUCAGCCGUGCGGUGCCGUGCAGUGUCAACACUCGGGCAAGCAAACUCAUUACCACUGUUUGCAGUGUCAGUACGCGGUCUUAGGUUUGGCUCAAAUGUCAGCACACAAGUACCGACACAUGGACACUUAACGGAAAAUUUAUAGUGCAAGUUCGAGACAAAUUUAUCCCCAAAUAUACAUCUAUAGACAUUCCUUAGAGAAUUGAUCAAAAAGGGAAAACGUUAAGAGAAAAUAUUACAUUCGUGGUAUAUACCUACUUGAAUGAAUACCUAAUAGACAUUCCCUUAAUUCUCCCAAACGAUCAGCAAUCCACGAGUAACGAAUACAUACAACCGCAGGGAGCUAGUCAGUGAAGUUGGACUGAGUUGAAAUUCAAAGUUCUGUUGAAAGUUUAGAAAAGAUGUUAUUGUUCCUUAACAGUUUAGGAAAUAUAAACGAGAAGAAGAAGAAGAAGAAAAGAAAGACAUUGAAGUAUAGAAAACUCCUUGAGGGGAUCUUAACAUUCGCGAUGUUGAUAAAAAAUCAAACUCGCGAUUUCAUUUUUCGCCUUUUUCCUCCACCCCUCCUCCCCACCUCUCCAGACUGGCUAGAAAAGAUACGAAAAGGAACGAAACUAUGUAAGGAAAGACGCCCUCGAUAUACAUAUAUGUAUAUUUAUAUCGAUGCGCGGUUCAAGAAGACAAUAAAAAGCAAGAAGACACUCUUAUCGUAAUAUACAAUAUACAUAUAUAUUAACAAAAAAAAAAUAUAUAUAUAUAUAUAGCACGAGAAAAGACAAACGAACAAAUAAUACUGUAAUAUUUAAAAUAGAAAUAUCUCUCUUCUUAUAUAUUUGUCUCCCGUUUUAGCGUCGCGUACUCUCCGCGUGUGACUGUGAUCUCACGUUAAUAAUCAUUCGUUAGAGAACUCCUUAUCUUCAGACACACAUAUAUUUACAUAUAUACCAUUUUAUGUAAAUAUUAAUCGAGAGGACUGACGAAAAAGAAGAAGAAGAAGGAGAAGACGAGGAAGAAGAAGAAGAAGAAGAAGAAGUUGACUCGAAUAAAAUCAACGAUAAGAAUCGAUAGACUAAACAUCGAGUAUCAAAAUAUUUCCUUUUAUAAGAAGAAGCGUGUUGUCUAGGGUAAGGAUUAAAUGGAAAAUAAAUCGGCUAUGUGUGCUCGCGAUUAUAUAAAUAAAAAAAAAAAAAUAAAAAAUAUAUA